AAAAGCUCGAAUGGUAUGAGGAUGAUGCGACCCAAAACUCCCACCUAUUAAGGCAACCGAAAGAUCUAUCUUUUAAAAUCACACCUUUUUACUUAGUAGUUAGGACCCUCUUUCAUUUUUCUCACUUCAUUUCACAGAUGGCCCUCUUCUAUCCCUGUCCGUGUUCCUCUUCAUGUCAUCCCAAGCAUCCACCCUUAUCUCAAACACCAUCUUCUUCUCUGCCAAAAACCUCAUUUUCUUAUUCCCUUUCCCCACUUCUCUAUUCCUCAUUUCAGAACAGUUCAUUCUCUGCUCUGGCUAUCCAAUCCCUCAAGCCCAAAUUAGUGAAACCCACUUUGUCCAACAUCAAAUCAACAAGACCCACUGUACACAACAACAAAUAUAUCUGCUGUGCCGUAAAUGAUUCAUCUUCCAACUAUGGUGGCAACAGGCCUCCCAGGGAAACCAUACUGCUUCCAGGCUGUGAUUAUGAACACUGGCUUAUUGUUAUGGAGUUUCCCAAGGAACUGAAACCUUCUUCGGAGGAAAUGAUUGACACAUAUAUUAAGACACUUGCCCAAGUUGUAGGAAGCGAAGAGGAGGCCAAAAAGAGAAUAUACGCAUUGUCUACGACAACUUACACUGGAUUUCAAGCACUAAUUUCGGAGGAACUUUCUGAAAAAUGCAAGGGGCUACCUGGAGUGCUUUGGGUUCUGCCUGAUUCUUACAUUGAUGUCCCCAACAAAGAUUAUGGAGGGGACAAGUUUGUAGAUGGGAAGGUGGUACCAAGACCUCAACCAAGACAAACUGAGAGGCCACCACCCCGCAAGAGUUACAGCAAGGCACGGUCAUAUGAGCCACGACGAUAUGAGAGAAGAAGAGACGGGCCGCCGGUCUCACAAAGAAAUCCUACUCCUGAGCCUCAACAAACAGAUAUGGUGCAGACUGAAGGGCAAUAAAGAUGGUUGUGCAGAUGCAUCAGGGUUAUUUAUUGUUUAGUUGAGUUAGGUAGUUUACUUGUAUUCUAUUAUGUACGGGUUAUGUUUUCUUCUUUUAUCAGAUAUUUGGGGGGUCUAGUUGAAGCCUUUUUAAAGAUCAUUGGGAUCUUUCAUGAGAUUGAAGUUAGAAUUUAGUUCUUCAAUACAUUUUUGUUUGUUAGCAGCAUUUCAGAGGAUUAUAAAAUCAGAAGACUCUCCCAUUGACAAUGCUGUAAAUGAGUAACAUCAUAUUUUACAAACAUCUUCACCUGUUAUUAAGAUUCAGGCAAAAUCACUUACAGGCUUUC